UAAAACAUGGAAAAGGAAAUCAAGAUGGAAAUGGACUUAGAAGUGAAGAUGGAAGAUGCGGACUUAGAUCUUGAAGCUCUUGUAGCAUCAUUUCAAUCCGAAAGCGAAGCAACUACAACAAAAAAAGGAAAAUUUUCUGACAGUUAUCGAAAACGGAAAGCCGAUGAAAUUGAAUCUGGAAUUCGUGAUGGAUUUUAUUCAGAGAGACCGAAAUGCGAAAAUUUCAAUGUACUGAUUAACGAACAUGGAGCGGAAAUCGAUCGGUUAAGAUGUGUUAAAUGUCUGAAAGUUAUCAGCGCCAUUUCAGGUGGACAUAAAACCAUUCACCGAAAUGGAAAAUGUAUUCUGAAUCGAACGAGGAGGGUCAAUCGAAAGCCUGAGCCAGAAAAACAAAAAAAUCUUCGAACCGCCAUGUUGGAGUACGCAAUCAGUUCAGGAACCAGCUUAGCCAAUUUGAGUAAAGAACCAUUCAAAAGUUUUGUUCAAAAGAUGCUGGCAAUUUCGGAUCCCAUAUUUGACUCUGAAAGUCUUCUUUUUCCAACAGAGGAAUUAUUCAAAGAAACAAUCGAAAAGGACGCAGAUAUCGUUUAUGGUAAAAUAGCAGCAAUGAUUCGGGAACCCAUCAAUCAGAAUGACGCUUGUUUCUUCGUGGAUUUUGGAGAAGAAAUUGAAAACUUCUUGCUGGUUUUCCUGGUGUUUGUAGAUAGAAAUGCAUCUCCAAUUCGACUGAAAUCUGUCCCAUUUGCCUUUUAUCCAAGUAUCACUGGCAGAAAUGCAAGCUCGCUCUCAAGCUUCUUGGUUUCGGAGGGAAAACGAUAUAGUUUGAGCAAAGAAGAAAUUCGUAAUAUCAGAGUUGUUGGUGAAGGAUUUUCAGAAUUGAAAGAUAUCGAUGAAGAUUAUUUGCAGUAUUAUCGACUAUGCUCUCAAAAGUCAAUCGAAAAUGCUGUGAAUAGAUGUCUGGAUCCAGAUGAAGAGGAUAUCGCGAAAUUCACUAAAGAAGAGCUCGAAAUGAUUCAUUUGGUUUCUGAAAUAGUUGAUAAGUGCUGCUAUUUGGCUAUUACUCUGAGGAGAAAGAAGGACACCUACAAGUUGAGCAAAUUGCCAGCAGAUCACUACACUGCUCCAUGGUCAUCGGUUUCACAAACUUGUGCUGAUAUUCUGUCGAUGAAGAAAGAGAUUGAGAAAAUCAAAGAUCCAACUGUUAAAGAAUUGUACGCAAAGAUAAACUCACAUUUGACAAUCUUGAAAUCAUCCUUGCAAGUCAUCAAUAAAUUUGAGGCAAUUUUGAAAGUUUUCGAGGAAUCGUCACUUCAUGAAAUCGCACCAACUAUGUUCCAAUUGCGAACGAGUUUGAAGACUGAAGAGGACAAAGUUGGAGAAAAUGAUAUAAUGCCAUCAGCUGUUGUUGCAAAGGCUGCUCGAAUCGCAGUGGAUAAUCUGAUUGAAAAGAAAAUUGGACAUGUUCACCUGCUCGCCGUAUUUCUCUGUCCCGGGUUAAGAAGUAUGAGAACAAUGCCAGAAGAGUUCAAAAAUAAGACAGAAGAACUUAUUGUGAAAAAACUGGGAACUGUGGACGCACAACAAGAAGAAUCUAUAUUGAAAAAUUUUCAGAAGCAAGUGAAAUCAACAUUGUACGAGACGCCGACAUCAAUUCCUACGCCAGAGCAAGAGUUAAAUGACUAUCAAAGUAUGCCACUUUGUUGGAGAGACUUUGAACUUUCUCCAUUGGAAUUUUGGUCAAAAUACUCCAGCCGAUUCCCUCGUCUCACAAAAAUUGCCUCCAACGUUUUUUGCUGUCUUUCUAGUAGCACCACGUGUGAAUCGUCAAUUUCAGAAUUGAAAUUAUUUGAUACACAUGGACCCGAAAUUGACUACGAAAAUGUUGAGCAACACAUGUUCUCGUUUUUAAACUCGAACAAUCAUAUCUAAUUUGUUACCGGUAACUUCUCGUUUUCUGAAUAUAAAACAUAUUUGACUUAUUUU